ACGUUCUUUCUUCGAUGUGUCAUAAUAAUUCCUUGCUGGAUUUCUUGCAACAAUAAGUAGCAACUCACAAUCCCGGUUAAUAUUUCCGCCAUACCGUGGCACAGCAUCGAUCAACCUCAGUUUCCUCCUAUUCGCCUCCUUGAAUUUUAAUAGCUCCGCUGAUAUUGUAUUUUCCUCCCCCAUCAUGGGCGAAUAUUCACUACCACCUUACGGCGCUGCUGCUGACAUUGACCCAACCUGUCAAGACGAUUCCGAUGACGAAUAUGAAAAAGAAGAACGGCUUUACAACGGAGAGCGGAGCAAAGCAGAGAUGCGGUGGGUCGGCAUCGAACCGUUUCUCAAAUCGAAAGGGUAUCUGUUGCCUCCGCGAUUCCAGCCUGACUGGCAACCUUCGUGGCAAGGAUCUAAUGGCAUUCCUUAUGAAUAUGCGGUGGACAGCUUCCCACUUGUCCACCCCAAUGUUAUCGAGGGAAAGAGGGCGUCGGAUGACAAAGGCGUUGUCAUCAAAUCAACUUCAAUACACACAGAAGAGGCCAAGAAAGCGGCACUUCUAGCAGCCAAAGUUGAUUCUUGCAAUCACUGUGUUCCAAUAUGGGAUGUAUUCGAUUUUCCAGGAGAAAGUGAAUGUGUUAUCAUUGUCAUGCCUUUGCUCCACGACAUGUGGAAACCUGCAUUUCACUGUCGUGCGGAGGUAUUCGAGGCUCUACGACAAUUUCUCGAGGGUCUGGUAUUCAUGCAUCGAGAGAAAUACGCUCACAGGGAUGCAGCUAUGAUCAAUAUGACCAUGGAUGUAUCUGAUUUGAUGCCAGGCGGCUUUUCUCUUGCGAGCCAGCAUUUUCCAUUUCUCCUCAAUCUAUACUCCAGUGAUCCCCAUAAUCGUUGCGAAGUUGGCUCUCUACGGUACUAUUUUAUAGAUUUCGAAACCACGACAUAUUGUCCAGAGGGCAUAGAAAAGGCUCGUGUAACGGGAACCUAUGGAUCUGAUCAUUCAAUGCCCGAGAUAUCGGAAGUUGUCCCAUAUAAUCCCUUCAAGCUCGAUAUCUAUACACUCGGCAAUGCGUUCUUAAAGGAGAUGAAGUAUCUCGGCAUGGAGGACUUGGAACCCCUUUUACUGAAGAUGACGGCGCCCGAUCCAGAUGAACGUCCCACCGCUGCGGCCGCGCUUGAAGAAUUGGAUGCAUUAAUAGCAGAGAUAGGUCCCGCCUCGUUGCGACGCCGAACGUACAAGCCAUCGUUUGGCCUUUCAUGGCACUUCUACCGGUUCUGGUCAUGGAUCUGGUAGUACAAGUGUGCCACCAAUACUGGUGUAGAAUAGACCACACUUCUUACAUACUUAGAUUACUUAGGACCUGCUCAUAGGAUAUUUGUACAUAACUAACUUCCAUUCAUGUGGUAACUCGGAAAGAAAAUAAGAGUAUGUAGUGAAAACUAUCAAUGUCUGCCCCGUAUCUGUCUCUGAAGUUGUGAUCUCAA